AUGAUGUCUCUCAAUCAAGCUGCCUGGAUCAAUUCAGCUGGGGAGAAGCCACUUACUGUUGGUGCUGCGCCUAUGCCGAAGCCCGGGCCAAGAGACAUUGUGAUAAAGAAUGCUGCUGUGGCCAUUAAUCCAGUUGACUGGAAGAUCCAGGAUCACGGCCGUUAUCUUAGUACAUAUCCUUUUAUUCUCGGUGAAGAUGCCGCUGGUGUGGUAGAGGAAGUCGGAUCAGAGGUUACUCGCUUCAAAAAAGGCCAACGUGUUAUCGCACACUGCCCCGGCCUUAUGACUAGAAACCCAGCCAAUUCGGCAUUCCAGCUCUAUUCGCUAGCAAUAGAAGACCUUACGGCAGAAUUGCCCGAUUCCUUGAGUUUCCAGGAAGGUGCAGUAUUGCCCCUUGCUCUUUCCACUGCUUCAGCCGGUCUUUUUCAAGACGAUACCCUUGGACUCCCACUUCCAUCACCUGAAGAUAUUCAACAACGGAACGAAACGAUUCUGGUAUGGGGAGGUGCAUCUUCUGUCGGAUCAGUUGCUAUCCAACUUGCCGCUGCAUCAGGACUGACUGUCGUCACAACUGCUUCACCACGGAACCAUGAUUUCGUCAGAUCUUGUGGUGCCCAUACUAUUCUAGAUUAUAAGUCACCAACAGUAAUUGAAGACAUCGUCAGCAUUCUUCGCAAUGCGAAAUUCGUUGGUGUCUUUGAUAGUAUUGCCGAACCCCAGAGCUUUGAGGCAAUAGCCAAGAUUGUGAAUACUCUAGGAGGCCACGUCAAAGUUUCAAGUGUCUUGCCUUAUGACAAGCCUACGGAGACAUUCGCUCCAGUGUAUGUCGUUGCAUUCUCCAUUGUGCAAGAUCCAAAUACGCACAUCGGCCAAGGGAUCUGGAGGGAAUUUGUGCCACGAGCUUUGGAAAAUGGAAAGCUAAAGCCAAAACCGGAGCCGUACAGUGCCGGACGUGGCCUCCAGGAUAUUCAGCGCGCUUUUGAAGUGCAGAAGUCCGGUGUUUCGGCAAAGAAGAUUAUUAUAGAGUUGUAA